AUGCCCUGGUGGACCACGAGCAGGAUGUGGUUCUGCCUCGUCCUGCUGAGUUUCUGCUCCUCAGCAGAGAACGCAGGACCAGCAGAUCCUCUUUCUACUUUUCCACAUGAGCAAGCAUCAGGGGAGGCAGACCUAGAGGACGGGGAAUGGGGAUCAGGGUCAGCUCUUCUACACCUGCUCCACAGCUUCCCCGGUGAUAGCCCCUUCGUAGCGGAGUCCUCUGAGAAAGCGGCCAACUGCAGCCAGCGUUUCCGGUUACCACCAUCCCCUCCGGUCUGCUGGGAAAACAUGGCAGGGCCCGAGGAAUUUUCCAAAUCCCGUCUGCUCGUCCUGCAGAACAGGGCUGCCCUGCAGGCCGUGUCCACCUCCAGCGGGGUGGAGGAGGGAGGAAGCUCCUACAACCACCAGGCCAGAGAGGAGGUGCAGGGAAUCCGCUCAGACCACCAGAGCAUGGUGGAGACCGUACACACCAUGGAGACGGUGUUUGUGUCUCUGAGGGAGAAGAGGAGAGAUGGUAAAGAGCAGGGGGUCCUCACAAGCAUGAAGGAGCGCCUUGCCCAAACAAGGGAUGCCAUAGAUGGCCGAGAGCACAUGGCAGACAUCCUGGAGAGCCAGUUUUCCACCUUAGAGAAAACUCUGCUCAAUAUAGGAUUUCGACUCAACAAACUCAUCCAACAAUGA